AUGGUCGAUUCCGAGAUCGUUGAAAGCAUCGACGAAGAGAACAUUGACCGAACUUCCGGUAUCGAUGAGGAUUCGUCCUACGUCGAAAUCGGCAAUGUCUGCUCGAAUGAUCUUGGGAUCGGAAUGGGGGAAGACGAUGCCCUUCUCUUCUUCUUCGGAAAAGGUGAUGGGUUCCCAUCCGAAUCACCGAAUUUUGCUGUUGCGCUCCUCAGUGAGGCUGAGGACCUGAGGGUGCCGAACGACACAGCACGUAACUCUUGGCGGAUUGACGGCUGGAGUCAGCGAUCGGUGUAUCGAAGCUGA